AGCAGUACCCACUCGCGGGACGAGUGCACUAGGGCGAUCCUUCAGAGCGCUCGCGUGUUCCCGCAAAGACAAAGCGCCCGUCGACGCGGCGCGCGUGCCAUGUGGUUGACACGCCUUGACUUUGCUUCACCUGCGACGUUACGGAGAAAAAUCAUGAAGGUGUGAUGAGCCCUGCGGGACGGACAUAUUACGACUGAACGUCGUCGACGACCGCGACAGGAAAAGCACUGCGUUCUCUGCAACAACUAGCGGAAUGUGACAGCGCGAUGUAAUGAAAACCUUUUACCCGGAAUGUCUCCAGAACGCCUCGUGUAUGUGCUGCGACUGAGGUGUGUUUUUCGGCAGCAGUGAGCUGAUUGUACAAAGAAGUGUGUUGGUGACAAGACAGUGUAUGCGUUCUCAACCUUGAGCAGGUGCGACGAAGCAGUAAAGCUGUUUACGCUGUUUCGUUGAUAACAUACAAUAACAUAGUGAGUGGAAAGUGUGCGCGGAUGAACACAGGUGUGUACACGAUAAUUGUGCCUAAUAGCUAACGUCAUCUGAGAAUUUGUGCCCAAAUUUGAUAGGCAUGCAGCUGGUGCUCUAGCCGAUGACAGGAGCACAGUGAUCGUUGCGCAGUUCUUUUUAAACCGUUGGCAACUUAUUUUUGAGAAAAGAAAUACUAGAAGGCGUACACUUGUUUUGUGCAUCGCCGCAAAUAAUUCGCUUAGACUGAGAAGACUCGGUGUUUAUAUUUAGCUCAAACCAGAUCUGUAAAGGGGGUAGUACAAUAAGGCAAAAGGAACCUCUCUUCGAUUCUCCUCGACUUCGUCGCUAAGCUUCUUUCCCGUGAGAGAGGUUGGCCUGGACGACAUCCACCCUGUGCGUGAACUUUCUUGACGGUGUUCUUAGACGGCGGUCUCCAAACUGACUCUCCUCUCAAGUGAUUUCAUCAUGCCAGUUCAACGCAGAAGGAUGUGUUUGUGUCUGUUGACUUGGAUUCUCGGUGCCUGCUGUCUCGACGUUGCACAGGGAGGUUCUUCGUCGGUACAGCGCAAGCUUCCCAACUUUGCGGAACCCAUUCCCAACGUAACCGUGGCGGCAGGCCGUGAUGUCAGCCUAACAUGCGUCGUGGAAAACUUGGGCAGCUUUAAGGUAGCAUGGAUUCACACAGACAGGCACAUGCUCAUCUCGAUGCAUGACGCGUUGAUCACGACAAACCCUCGGUACGGCAUCACGCACAAUGGACACCGGACGUGGCACCUCCACAUCCGGGACGUCGAGGACACCGACAAGGGAGAGUACAUGUGUCAAAUCAACACAAACCCCAUGAAGAAAAUAGUCGGAUACCUGCACGUUGUCGUUCCUCCUCGUUUCGACGAAGGACACACAAGUUCCGACGUCGAAGUGCAAGAAAACAGCAACGUAUCUCUACGCUGCAGAGCCAAUGGAACUCCGAGGCCCGACAUCGAAUGGAGAAGGGAAGGGGAUGCUCUCAUCUUGCUCGGUGCCAAAAAAGGUGUUUCGAAAUAUCAGGGCGAGUACCUCAACAUCAGCAAGGUGACUCGCCUGCACAUGGGAGCUUACUUGUGCAUCGCCUCCAAUGGCGUUCAACCUUCAAUCAGCAAGCGGAUCGUGCUAAAAGUCAAUUUCCCUCCAAUGAUCUGGAUCCCCAACCAGCUCGUGAGUGUUCCCGUGGGAUCUGACGUGACCAUCGAGUGCCAUCUUGAAACGCAUCCCCGCGGGAUCAUCUACUGGGAACGCGACGACGGGGCGGUGCUCAUCUCCAACUCAAAGUACGACUCGCAAACCGUCGAGAGUGGACCGUACAAGCUGCAAGUACGACUCACCAUAAGAAACCUGGAACCUAAAGACUUUGGCCGCUACAAGUGCGUAGCCAAAAAUCCGUUCGGAGACACAGAAGCUAACAUCAAACUCACGGAGAUACCAAGGCCGACUUCUUCGACAGCAGCAUCGCGUGAAUACCAAGGAAGAAAAUACAUGGAGACGACGUCAACGCAGCAGUCGAGCUCUGGAAAACACUCCGCCACGCAUUCAUCGAAUGCUCUUCUCAAGGAAGGACGGCGAAGUGAUGUAUCUACCGAAGGUGAGGGUACCCAAAGCUACGUUCCACCCGGAACAGAAUAUUCCGAUAAGGAGCCGAAAGACGUGAACAUCUUCCGAAGCGGCAUCGCUGGUUCUUCAUCCAUGCAACUGUUGCCCUUUCACUUCGUCAUCCUGGCCUUUUCAACGAGUUGUGUUUGCGUUUCACUAAGAAACCAUUGAGCCACAACGACUCCAAGCGCGUCGUCAAAGCCCGCAUGCAGUGUGGGCAGUGUGAAGUAAGAGGAACUCAAGGCGGUGACAGUUCUUGCGUGAACAGUGAAAGAAACGCUCGUGCUCUUGCAGAGAACAGUCGUCGAACGGUGAAGCCUUCUGAGGUUUGACCUUUUUGUGCUGGGGUGGAUAUACCAAGCUGACAAGGGCGGCUGGUGAACAUGCGUGUGAAAUGCCAGGAGAGCCAAGUUUUGUCCUGGUUUGAUUUCUUUAUUAUUUUUUAUUAUUUUUUAUUUAUUUUUUGUUGCUUACGUGUCUGUAAAUAUCAUUCGGCCCACGUUCAUGACGGUAUAGCUCAAUGAAAAUUGGCUGAUCCCUCUUCUACUAAAACUCUAGAUGUGACUUCUACAAUUGUACGCGAUUUACUUAUUUUUUUUAGCCGUCACAAUGUCCCAGUUUAUCGCCUACUAUUGCAAAUUCAUAACUUCCGAUUAUGGGAACCCAAUUAUCUUGUCUCUCACUUAGCCUCGUUUAUCAAGAAAAGAGGCAAGACCUUCGAGACUGCAUUUUCUAUUCCGCGCUCAAUGAUUCAUUAAUAGUAAUGAGCCAAGCGAUUCCGUCAGAAAGUAAAAAAAAAUCCCGAUAUGCUUAUCUCUCGUAGUCAAGUCAGUGUACAGAAAUGAACAAAGUGUUGCAGAACAAACACGGAGAAAAGUAUUGCUGAGAUAAAAGCGGCCAGAAGCAUUCGGGAAACGACUACGAUAUGUAUCUGACUCGCAUGCUCCCGGAGACGACAUGAACAAUAAUGUGCCAAGUAAUAGCCUUCUGCGGCAGGACUCAACCGAUACGCCUGGGCCUACGUCAUAAAUCGGACGAGUUUGUCACACCAAACAAGGCCACGGCAGCGUCAGGUUGAAUGCGUGGUUGACUGUUUUAUUGCGGUGUUGCAUCGACCUCAUUUACCUUGCUGUGCCUCAGAGCAACAUCGCAACGCUGAACAAACUAAGCGAAAUUCUGUGUAGAUAUAUCUUGAACAGCGCACUAAAUGUUGGUAUUGAUUUCGUUCAAAGAAAAGUAGCCUCCGUGCGGGCCUUCCCAUUCGACUCUAAUGCUUAUAAUGUUGGACGGGGUUAACGCGGACGCCGGAUGUGUAGCCGGCUAUCUGUGGCCGGAAACAGUUCGUUUCGGUUGAGUUAACAAGCUGGACAGGCAUGUGUUGAACUAUAUUUUGCGUGUCAAUAUUUUUUUUUUUUUGUAUUUGUAGUACUUGUACUCUAUCAGCUCCCUUCUCUGGCGCGAUUUCUUAGAUAAGGUGAGUGUCCUCAUCGUCAUCAGCCCCUUCUAAACGACCAUAAAAUGUGAGAUUUGAUUUGCGCGUUACAGAACAAGGGCGACACACACACACACACACACACACACACACACACACACAUGCAUUGGAUGAUGAUGACGUGGGCGAUUCAACAAGGGAGACAUUGAAAGAAAAUGCCAUACAAAAGUAGUUACCGCUACCACGCGUUGUAGCAAGUGACAACUUCCAGGACGAGCUACUUUGCUUCCAGCGAGUUUCCGGUCGCAUGCUGCCGGCGGGUCCAUUCAUUGCCCUAUACUCAGCAUUAUAAGCAUCAGACUCACCCUUUCUAAUGACUUCACUCUGGUAAAGCACACCGGUUGCUUAACUAGUCGUAAUAACUCUUCGUAACAGAUUAAUACGAAAUACUAAAUCCCCUUCACAAAGCUUUCUAUUUCUUUCCACACAGCCAGCCAUUCUCAAUCGGCUCUUGACAAGUAAUUACAGCAAAAAAAGAUGGUCAAGAUUGCUCGUGACACACUGUAUAGUUCAUUAUCAAGGCACACCAACGCACUCGAUAACAAAUGCUCAGUGGUAACGUGCGUUAAUUACACUAGUCUAUAACGUUUGAAUACGCUGCCGAAUUACUAGCCCUUUGCUGCCGAAUGUUGAGUUUGGCUUUUAUUCUGGUCGCACGUGCUUCUUACACAGGGCACGCCGCGACGUAAACGCGUCUGUUGUGUAUGAACAGUUCUGUACAGCUGAAGUAACAAUGUAAACAUGUAACACGCGCUUAAACUGUAAAGGAGACAGUACUUGUAGUGCAUUGCCGUCAGAUUCUUGGUAUGGUGUAAAGUGCGCAGGCUUUUAUGCUAGCCACGUGAUUUUAUCAAAGUGCGCAAAUAAAAAAAACUGCAAGCUCAA